GAGGCUGCGGAAACAAUUGCGGCAUGGUUGUUCGGGUUGAUCGGUCGACCGACCGGUCAGUCGUUUUAAGGGUAUGGGUGCAAGGAGAAAAAGGGGAGCAUAAAUACCUCUUGCUUGCUCGCAAAGUCAAUAGGAUAUCUCAACAACAGGCAGCAGCAUCUCCCUCUUCCUCUUUCUCUCUCAAAAAUCCAGACGCGCACACACACUCUCCCCCUCACAGGUAAAGAAAAUGGCUUCUCUAAGCUUCUAUACCAUGGCCAUCGCGCCCACCAUCACCGCCAUGAAAAACACUCUCGCCUUCAUAAAAAAGGGCCACGAACACGCCCUCUCCAACAAAAUCGACCCCGAAACCUUCCUCACCGCAUCUCUACACCCAGACAUGAAGGACUUCCGGUUCCAAAUCUACCGCAUGACCGACGCCGUCAAGUUCAUGCCGCCCCGCAUUAACCCAGCCCUCGAAACCAUCUCGCUACCAGAUGACGAAAAGACGUUCGAGGAACUCGAGGCUCGCAUCGAGAAGACGCUCAAGUAUCUCGAGAGCUUCAAGCCCGCUGAUUUUGAGGGCAAGGAGGCGAACGAGGUGCUAAUGAAGUUUCCAAACGGCAUGCAGAUAAGGUUACCAGCCGUGGAUUAUGUGUACAAGUUUGCCCAUCCAAAUAUGUGGUUCCACAUAACAACUGCAUACGGCAUUCUCAGGAUGAAGGGUGUGGAUGUCGGCAAGUUUGACUUUUUGAAUGGUGCGAAAGAAAUCGUGAUUGAACAAGUGGAGGAGCAAAAAUAGAUAACAGAUCAUUGAAAGUUUCUAUAGAAAGGAAAGAAAAGCAUUUUCUAGUGA